AUGCUGAUCCCACCUCGUUGGGUGCUCCUGGGCCUCUGUAUAGCUGUACCAGUCCGGCAGGCAGCAGAAGGUCGCUUCCCACCGCCCUGUGACAGUAAGAUCUACUGCACUGGGGAGCUCCUGAGGCAGGUCCAGUUGGCCAAGCUCUUUACCGAUGACAAACACUUUGUGGAUAUGCCGCUGAGGAGGAACCCAGAGGUUGUCCUGGAACGCUUUCAGCAGCUGGUGAAUACAACAUCUGGCAGGGCCCUGUCCAAGCAGCAGCUGGCAGAGUUUGUGGAGUCCUACUUUUCUCCCCCUGGGCAGGAGUUUGAGCCCUGGGAGCCUCCAGACUGGACAGGCAGCCCACAGCUCCUCAACAGGAUUUCAGAUCUGAAGCUGCGGUCUUGGGCCCUGGAACUGAAUGCAAAGUGGAAGCAGCUGGGAAGGAAGAUUUCAGCAGAGGUAAAAAACAGCCCCGAAUGUUACUCUCUGAUGUAUGUGCCAAACCCACUGAUAGUGCCGGGGGGUCGGUUCAUUGAGUACUAUUACUGGGAUUCCUUCUGGGUGAUUGAGGGCCUUCUGCUGUCUGACAUGGUGGCCACAGCCCGGGGCAUGAUCCAGAACUUCCUUUACCUUGUGGACAAAUUUGGGCACAUCCCCAAUGGAGGCCGCAUCUAUUAUGAGCGACGGAGCCAGCCGCCCUUCCUCACCCUCAUGGUGGAGAGUUACUUGAAGCACACCAAUGACACGGCCUUUCUGAGAGACAACAUCCAUCUUCUAGAAGCCGAGUACCGGUUUUGGCAGGAGCAGCGAGCUGUCAACGUCACUAUUGCAGGCAAGGAGUACCUCUUGAAUCGCUACAACGUCCGAGUAGGGGAGCCCAGACCAGAAUCCUACAGCACAGAUGUGGAACUGGCAGAAGGACUGGAUGAAGAAGCCCAGCAGAAUCUUUGGGCAGAGCUGAAGAGUGCAGCUGAGUCUGGCUGGGAUUUCUCAUCACGCUGGUUCCUCCCAGGGCCGCCUCCCCUGCCAGCCACCCGGAAAGACACCCACACCACUGUGGUGGUACCUGUUGAUUUGAACGCCAUCCUUUGCAGAGUCGAGCAGGUGCUGGCCUCCUUUUACAAGGCUCUAGGGAACAGCGAGAAAGCCAACUGGUUCCAGGCAGCUCAUGAGUACCGAGCGGCUGCAGUCCAGGCUGUCCUCUGGGACGAUAAUGCUGGGGUCUGGUUGGACUACAACCUCGCCCGGCAAAGGCACAACCGGGCCUUUUACCCAUCCAACCUCAUCCCUCUUUGGGCAGAGUGUAGCGUGGAACCAGCUACUGCCGAAAGGGCCCUUCGCUACCUGGAGGAGAGCUCUGCGCUGUCUUAUACCAACGGGAUACCCACGUCGCUGGCUCGUACGGGGGAACAGUGGGACCUCCCGAACGCUUGGGCUCCCCUCCAGUACAUGGUGAUUGCAGGUCUAGCCAAGUCCUCAUCUCCUCAGGCCCGUGACCUGGCUUUUACCUUAGCACAGAACUGGGUGAGAACCAACCUGGCUGUCUAUGAGAAGUACCACACCAUGUUUGAAAAGUAUGAUGUAGAAGGAGAUGGGAAACCAGGCUCUGGGGGCGAGUAUGAAGUACAGGAGGGCUUUGGGUGGACCAACGGUGUGAUCUUUCAGCUCCUGGAUUUCUUCGGUGACCAACUUAAUGUAACAGACUUGUCAGUGUACAGCUCUGGGGUCUGA